ACGUCUUCAGCCGGCUCCAGAAGCUUUGCCACCGAUGGCUGAAAGCGGACCGGCACAGCAAGGAGCAGAUCCUGGAGCUGCUGAUCCUGGAACAGUUCCUGGCCGUCCUGCCCCCAGAAAUGCAGAGCUGGGUCAGGGAACAUGGCCCAGAGACCUGUUCCCAGGCGGUGGCCCUGGCUGAGGAUUUCCUGCAGAGGCAGCGACCAGACGAGAGCUGGAAAGAACAGGAGCUCGCGCCCAUUGAUUUGGUGGCUCUGGAUUCCUCCGAGGAAGAAGAGUCUCCGCCGAGCGCCGAGUGGAGGCAGGGUUACAGAGAGGCCGAAAGGGGGUCUGACAGUGGAGGCGCCAGCACCCUGGGCAGGAAGGAAAAAGCAAGACCAAUGAGGAGAAUGAUGCCCAGGCGGAAGGCAGCGUUGGCCUCUUCCACGGUCUGGGACGGUGCCAGCUCGGGCAACGGGACCAGCUCGGCUCGGAAACGGACCGGCUCGGCUCGGGGGUCCGCCGCUCCCGCCAAGAAGAAGAACCGUGACGGAGGCAGCAGCAGCAGCAGCGGGGAUGAGUGGGACCGGCAGGCCCGCCAGAACCAGCAGGGCCCCCAGGCUGCCAUGGUGGUCAGCGAGCCGGAGCACAGCAAGGAGCGCAUUAAACUUGAAGGGUCCAAGUUCAAAGGUCAGCUUUUGAUAUUUGGAGCAACCAACUGGGACUUGAUCGGCCGCAGAGAAGUUCCUAAGCAGCAAGCCGCGUACCGUAACCUGGGCCGGAACUUGCUGGGGCCCCACCGAUACGGAUGCCUCUCUGGGGUCCAGGUCCGGACGGUGGUUUCGGGGCCGUGUUCCGCUCACAGUCUCCUCAUCACCACCGAGGGAAAGAUCUGGAGCUGGGGACGCAACGACAAAGGCCAACUGGGCCACGGAGACACCAAGCGGGUGGACGCCCCGAAGCCCAUCGAAGUGCUCGGCAGCGAAGUGGUCGUUUCGGCAGCCUGCGGACGGAACCACACGCUGGCCCUGACGGAGAGCGGCUCCGUCUUCGCCUUCGGAGGGAACAAGAUGGGGCAGCUGGGCCUCGGCAACCAGAGGGACGCCGUCCCCAGCCCCACCCAGAUCAUGUACAACGGGCAGCCCAUCACCAAGAUGGCGUGUGGCGCCGAGUUCAGCAUGGUCAUGGACUGCAAAGGGAACCUCUACUCGUUUGGGUGCCCAGAAUACGGACAGCUGGGACACAACUGCGACGGGAAGUUCAUCAGCCAACACCGUACGAUAGAGUACGACUGUGAGUUGGUUCCCCGGCGCGUCGCCAUCUUCAUCGAAAAGACCAAAGAUGGCCAGAUUCUGCCCGUCCCAAAUGUCGUCGUGAGAGACGUGGCCUGCGGAGCAAAUCACACGCUUGUCUUGGACUCUCAGAAACGCGUCUUCUCCUGGGGCUUCGGGGGCUACGGCCGGCUGGGCCACGCCGAGCAGAGAGACGAGAUGGUGCCACGUCUAGUGAAGCUUUAUGACUGCCUGGGCCAUUGGCCGGCCCAGAUCUACGCCGGUUACAGCUGCUCCUUUGCAGUCAACGAAGUAGGUGGCCUCUUUUUCUGGGGGGCAACCAAAACAUCUCGAGAAUCGACGAUGUACCCCAAAACUGUGCAGGACCUAUGUGGCUGGAAAAUCCGAAGUCUAGCUUGCGGGAAGACCAGUAUUAUAGUGGCUGCAGAUGAGAGCACAAUCAGUUGGGGACCGUGUCCGACCUUUGGAGAACUGGGCUACGGAGACCACAAGCCCAAGUCCUCGACCACAGCUCAAGAAGUGAAGAUCUUGGACGGGAUCUACACGGAGCAGGUGGCCAUGGGCUACGCCCACUCCCUGGCGAUCGCCCGUGACGAGAGCGACACCGAGAAGGAGAGGCUGAAGAAGCUGCCAGAAUACAACCCGCGCACGCUCUGACGCUGGGCAGGCGCCCUCCUCCUCCUCCUCC